AUGUCUGCUCGACAGAUCCUAAGCAUGACUCGAGAAGCGGCUGGCUUUAGAUCCACUUUCCAAACCUGGUUUGAUAUUGAAAGCCCCACUAUAUCAGAACCUGUUGCAUCACUCAGUAUCGACAAUUCUUCAAAACCCAUUGGCUCACCUAACGAUUUGUGUCAACAACAGAAUCGAGUGAGUGAAACAGGGUCAAAAUUUGAAGACCUUGCAGAUGAUGAGAGUCCUGAUUCGAUAUCACGGGAAGACAAAGAUGAUGCUUAUCUUUCUGCAGAAGAGGAUAGUGUAAGUUAA